AUUGUCCUGUGUCUGGUGAUGUACAUAUUAUUCAAACCAACCUCUAAAAAGACCCAAGCCGUGCGCACAGAGAAGGUGGUGGAGCUUUCGUGUGACAUGACUCUCCCGGGCCUCGCUUCGUUCCUAGCCUACAACUUAGUGUUGGUCUGUGCCUGCGCCAUGUUCGCCUUCAAGACAAGAAAGUUGCCAGAUAAUUUCAACGAGUCUCGAUUUAUCUCCAUGACCGUCUAUACAACUUUGGUUAUAUGGUUAGCGUUUAUUCCCACCUACUUCACAGCCAGCAGGGAGAUUAUUCGAGGAUUACUUCUGUCAGUAGCGUUACUACUCAACCACACGGUGGCUGUCUUGUUUCUGUUCUUGCCCAAGAUUUAUGCCAUCAGGUAUGUAGAUCCUGAGUGUGUGGAUAUCCACAGGUUUCACACUGCAGAGACAACCCACACAGUAUCCGGCUCCACCAAUCGGGUGGGUGCUCUUAAUAGUGCCACACCUCAUCGAGGUUUUUGA